CGUACAAUCGGUGAGCGACUCGACCCUACUAUUGCUAACGCGGUGAGGGAGAGGGCGCAAUACGCCUCGAAAGCACGAAUGACAGGCGUUGCGUUGAACGUUGCCAUAGGCAUGCAAGUUAUGCUUGGGGCACUCACUACCGGUAUUUCGGCAGCCACUUCGGGUAGGCAGGUUAGUUCAAAGAGUUCUAUGUACGCUUUAGGCGGCUUAACGACAAUGGUCGCUUCCUAUCUCGCUCGUGCACGGGGAUCAAACGAACCAGAACUAUCCAUAACUCGCGUCAAGGAUCUAGAUCAUUUCUUGAGAGAUUGCUUAGCUUUUAAGAUGGAUAGCGGGCACGAGUAUGGGACACCUGAGCUGGAUGCUCGGUUAGACCAUCUCAGAAGUAGGUUUGAAGAACUUCUUGGAAACGCUGAUGGGUAG